AAUAUCCUAUCGUGGAUGAGUAGAUAAGGUUUCGCCAUUUCAGUUUUCCCGAUCUCAUCCAAAGUUUUUAGACCGUUGAUAACAACAUCACAAACGCCAUAAGCCGUAAUUGGUGGAGUAGUGGGAGAGUAAUGUUGGGUAUCAGUGCGGGUUCGUCAUGCGGGACGGUGAUGGUGGGUGGCGGGCCGUUUUCCGCUACCCCGUCUGGUGCUGGCAAAGCAUUUGCUGUGAUGAGCCAGACUAAAGGCGGGUCCAGUCACUCAGAGAAUCUGGUCUUACCCACCAGACGUAUUUCCUCCUUCAAGACUGCCGUGGCUGCCAUUGACUCGGGACACCUCAGUUCCUCCUCUGAUUCUCCUGAUAAGCAACAAGCCAACAAGUAUUAUUUUGUAGUUGCAAACGCAAAAUUCAUGCUGGAUGAAGAGGAGCACUUCAAGGAGCUCUUGGCUGAGCGACUGCGUCACUAUGGAGAGCGUAGUAAAGAACAGGAUUUUUGGCUUGUAAUUGAACCCAAGUUCUUGGAUAAUUUCCCAAAUAUUACCAAGAGGCUAGGGAGACCUGCAGUUGCUCUAGUCUCAACAAAUGGUCCGUGGAUCACGUUCAUGAAAUUGAGAUUGGACCGAGUUUUGUCAGGUAGCUAUGAAGCUGACAGUCUUGAAGCGGCAUUAGCUUCUAAUCCCGCUGCUCUGGAGUUCGAGAAUCCAAAAACAUGGACGGCCCCAUACCCAAAAUAUGAAUUUGGAUGGUGGGAGCCCUUCUUGCGAACUGGAUUGAUGGAAUCGAAAGCAUAGAACAUCUUACUUAAUCUGCCUGGUUGUCUUUUAGAGGGUUAUGUAAUCGAAUGAAGAAUUUCGCUCUGUAUUUGUAACCACCAGGUGAAGUUGGUGAGGUUCACAUACAACUAUGUAUUACAAUUUAGGGGUUGUUCUCAGGAACCAGCCCCAUUUUAGUCUCAAUAAUUAGUUUGGAGCCCCAAUGUAUUUAUGA